GAGGAAGAUUAAACAAAAUUUAUCGGAAGGAUGAGUAAAUUGAAAGGCUUACCCCCACACAGAAAAUAAUUAAAGGAAAUCAACUUUUGUUUUAUGGUAUCAUUUUGUUUUCAACAAUAAGGCAAAGAGUCAAUGCCUUCCACCUGAUUUUUUUUUCACAGGUCAAUGCUAAGUCACCUCAACUAUCGAUCAUAAUUCUUUCAUUUUCCAAUUUUAUUUUCUUAAUUUUAUUUUACGUACGAAAUAUUUGAAAACAUGUUUUGAUGGUUGGCGAAAGCAGAAGGAAAAUAAAAUUGAUAAGGACAGUAAUAAUGGCAGACCAGGUUUGGUGGUUUUGAUUCUUUAACGAAUCCAAGGUAAGAUAAAAGUAAAUUUAUUGCCCAAUAUCAAGAAUAGUCUGUUUUGGGUAAACAACAUCAGUUACAGAACAUAUAUGAAGAAUACUUAAAUCGAAUGAUUCUCAUUUGCAAUUAUUUAAUAUUUCACGUGUUAUAUAUAUUAGCGUUUCCACACGAAAAUAUAUUAGGUAGAGUCUUAGAGACGUGAUUAUAUAGCAACUAUUGUUGUGAUUAGCCGUAUAAAUGUAUAAAGAUCACUUCAAAAUCCGUAUAGUGAUUUUAUUAAGUUUAACCUAUACAUAAUGGAAAAACUUUAUUUCGACAAAUAAAUGAUACGAACUUGUAGGUAUUGUGAGCCCUAGGAGUGGUAUUACUGACUUUAAUUUAUUUAAAUGUAAAACCAAAAAAGCUUUUUAUCAAAUCAAAAUGUAAAAAACGAGGAACGUAUGUUACUUAAGGAAGAACAGAAGCGCGUGAGAACAGUACAAAUGUCUCAUACUUCGGCGUGAUGAAGCUGUUAAAGAACUGGCUCCUCCAGACAUAACCUUUCGGUGAUCGUGCCGUCCGUUUGCUCCGUCAGCGUAACGGGUAUUCCAAUAGUGACGUGUUUUUAGCUCAGCUUCACUUCCAUAUGGGGUAAGUUGAUGACAAAAUUGCACCGUCUUUUCAUCUCCUUGGAUCACGAGCAUAAUUUAAUUUUUUUCUAGUGGUUAUUAUUUUUUUUUACCAAAUAUUUAACAUAACACUAGUAGUUUACAUAGUGACGUCACUGCAAUACCACCCAAAUUUUAUUCAAAAUAUAUAUUUAAAACACCUUAAAGUACUAAAUUGUCCACAGUCCAGAAAUACGCAAAUAGAAAGAAAAAAAACAUAAUUAUUUCUGUAAAAAGAAAACAGAAGCCGUGAACCCAAAAUAUGAAAAUAAAUUUAUAUACCAAAAAUAUUAGCAUGACAGAAAGUUGUGAGAAAUAAAAUUAAAAUAAAAAACCACGCCAAGGCGCACAAAGAUAAUAAAGCCGUGCCCAGCGUGGGCCGACAACGAGGUGGUGGUCGUACUUUAAGCUAGGAUCGAGGCUAAACGGGCCACUACGGCCCAGUAGUGAAUAUUAUAUUAUUGCUUUUUAGAAAUGAUAUGCUCUAAUUAGUCGUUGAUUCGCUGACGAUUCUUUAUUUUUAUUUUGGUGAUGAUUGUUUUCCUAGUUUUUAGAUUCUAGUUUUUGGUUUUUGGAUUUUGGUUUUUGGUUUUUAGAUUUUAGUUUUUGAUUUUUGGUUUUUGAUUUUGCAGUAGAUUUUGGUUUUUUGAAAAACAUAAAUGGUUGUUUUAGAUUUUAGUUUAAGUUUUUAUUUUUUAAAUUAAUAAAAUAAAAAUAUUAUGGAUAGUAAAAUAUUUAUUCUGAAAAUAAUAAAAUAUAAAACACUGUCAUUAAAAUACACAUAAAUUUAUUUUAAAAACUUAUUUAAAAAAUAUAUAAAUACAAAAUAAAACUAUCGUAAAAUAUAUAAAUACUCGAAAGUUGUAUGUAUAAUCACUUACCCAUUUUAUAUUAAUAAAGGACAAAAAAUGUAUUGUGAUGUGAUGGUGAAAAACGGAUGAUAGUGGGAAUGAGCUAAAUAUGAAAAGAAAGACCAGUUACAAAAAAAUAAAUAAAAAAGACCAAUUAAAAGAAAAUGAUAAAUAAAAAUGCAUAAAAAAAAAAAAAUCUUCGUAGAAAACUGGCUGAAAACUAAAAAAAUACAGAUUUUGGCUUUUGUGUAGAAUUAGGUAGUUAUUUGAAAAACUAGUUUCCCUAGUUUUUAGGAAAUCAUUUUUAGCAAAAUCUUGAUUGGCAAAUAAAGUAGUUUUUCAGAAACAAAAACCAAAAACCAUUUUAAAAACUACAAACAAUCAACCUAUUUAUUUUUGAUUUAAGACUGUUUAUGGAGAAUAUUCGGCGGCCGCACUUUUAAGCCAAACCAAAUCUCUUUCUUUAACAAAGGUGGGAUCUCACAUAUUUCAUUUAGCUAAAAAGGCAAUAUCUGUAUUUGCUUGUUUUAAAAAGUUUUUUUACGGAAUAAAACGUACCGAUAACACGGAUUAUACAUAACUAAUCAUUAAAAAACCUUCCAUUUCGUUGAUAGAAAAUAUAAUUUCUAUAAUCUUUCUAAAAGAGCACAACACAUUUGAUCGUGGAUACCUAAUAAACAUUUGCGAUGGUUGUUUCUAUUUGAUGUUCUCCUUAAAACAUCUAAUAACGACACAAUUAAUCAAAAAAUUAAACAAUUAAUCGUGGAUAUCUAAAAACAAAUUAUUCGUGGACAUAUAACAAUGGGUUUCUGUUUUAAAUACUGGGCUUCUGUUUAACCUAAUUCCUUUGUUCAAUUGGGCUUUAGUAUAGCUUUCCCAUAGAUUACAUUUUGGUCCAACACAAUGAAACAAUGAUCAAAAUAAUAUAGUUGUUUCAAAAAGGUUCAAGCCUUCAAGGCUUCAACGUUACUAUGAUUUGAGGCUUUUAAACUAUCCUUACAUUAUAAUUUUUUCGAUAAUUAUGAACUCUAUAUUAGUCGGCCUUUAAUUUCCGUAAACGGUUAGCCAUUAAAACGCAGAGAACAGAAAUAUCUCAACUCGGAUAUGAUGUUUUACAUCUCCAUGUGACUGGUUAACACUUAAGCACCAUCAUUAGCUACAAGCCUACAAUGCUAUCAUUUGGACAAGAAUAUACGAUAUAUGUUUUGUUUUUACAACGGGGUAAUAAAACAGUAAAAGUCGGAAGUGAAAUUUGUGUCAUGUGGUUGCUUUCUCCAUUGCUAAAGCAUAGUAUAUUGUCAUUCUCGACACAGUUAGAAAAUUUAUAUAGCUUAAAAGGCUGCAAAGGGAUAUGACAGCACAAAGAAUUAUAUUUAUACGAAAACUUCCAAUGAAUUGAAUCAACCAACGGUGGUUCCAGUCGACAUCUUUGUUGGUUUGUGUACUCUAUGAAAAUGGUUAAUAUAUUUUUUGUUGGGAUUCACCUUCCCUUGUGUUUAAGCAAAUGUCCCUAGAGAUAUUUUAGUUGAUUGUACUUGUAUCAUUUAAUAAUACAAGAAAAAAAAGAGAAAGGAGGAGUAUAACUCAAUUGUCAAAGUUCCUCUGAUUUAGCUGUCUUCUGUCUCGUUCUCAUGUCACAUGAACCAUACCUUUCUCUAACAUCACUCCCCCCUCCCCAAAAAUAGACCUCUCUCCUUCCCUUUCUCUCCGUUACAUUCUUCGCUCACAUCCUCCCAAAAAGGCUCUCUCACCUUUACUUUCUCUUUCAUUUAUUUACACUAAUAACCUUCUAUUUUCUUGCACCAAUGGAACAACAACAACAGCUUACCCCGGAGCUCUUCCUCGUCGCCGGUGGUAACUCUGACUCUUUCGUCGUCGACGACCUUCUUGACUUUUCUAACGACAACGUCCAACCUGACGACGGACUUGAACCCUUUCCUGACUCUUCCACCGUCUCCACCGGUACUCUUGCCGAUAGCUCAAACUCCUCCUCGUCGUUUUACACCGACGGCAGCGUGUUCUCCGACGACCUUUGUGUUCCGAGUGAGGAUUUAGCUGAACUUGAAUGGUUAUCGAACUUCGUGGAAGAAUCAUUCUCAAAAGAAGACCAAGACAAGCUUCAGUUACUGUCCGGCUUACAAAAACCUCAAACCACCGGUUUAACCCAAACCAAACCAGAACUGGAACCCGAACCUGAGUUGGAUCAAAUCUUUAUCCCCACCGACACUGACGACUCGAAUGUUUCCGUUCCCGCCAAAGCAAGAAGCAAGAGACCACGCUCUGCAGCCUCCACGUGGGCUUCUCGUCUUCUAGCAAUCGCCGGCUCCGACGAGUCCUAUCCCAAGAAGAAACAGCUCAGAGUUAAAGAACACGACGGCAGCACCGGAGAACUCGAAGGCGAAGUUGGAGAGAGACGGUGUCUGCACUGCGCGACGGAUAAGACGCCGCAGUGGCGGACGGGGCCGAUGGGACCUAAGACGCUGUGCAACGCGUGCGGAGUACGGUACAAGUCAGGAAGGCUCGUGCCGGAGUACAGGCCUGCUUCGAGCCCGACGUUCGUGAUGACGAGGCACUCGAACUCUCACCGGAAAGUGAUGGAGCUGCGGCGACAGAAGGAGAUGAGAGACGAGCAUUUGAUGAGUCAGCUUCGGUGUGAGAAUCUCGUGAUGGAUAUCAGAUCCAACGGUGAAGAGUUCUUAAUCAGUAAUAAUAAUAAUAACCACGUGGCUCCUGACUUUAGGCACUUUUAAUCUAACCUUCCUUUGCAUUUCCACGUGGAUUAAUUCAGAAGAAUAAGUUUUUUUUUAUGGUUAAUUUUACGUUUUUAGCGUCUUGUUUUGUUAGAUUUGCAGACUACUAAUGGUAUUUAAUAAAUUCCUCUUGUUUUAUUUAAAA